UUAUCAACAGAAUGUGAGAAAAUAACAGUUUUGAUGUUAUGUCAUGUGUAUUGUGUUGUGGAGAUAUCUACUUAAGUUAGCAUGCUAACCAGCUAACCCCGGCCUGUCUUGUCUCGUAAUACCACUUUGUACUUCAAGAGGUGACGGUAAGUCACUGUAGCGUUCAGUCUGUCCUCAGUCCAACAUGAGAAUCAGUUGUGCUGCCCCGAGCCACCACAGCGACAAUAGCAGAGAUUUUGAGCCAGCUGCUGCCAGCUGCAGGACUGUUAACAUGUCACUUUAUUGAGUUUUAGUAUUUUUUCAGGUGAGCAAGUAACCAUUUAGAUUCCCAGUAUGUGGUCAGUUUAUCCAAACAUGAAACAUGAAAUGGGGAUGGGAGGAUGUGCUCUCUGGUGAUAUGCUGCCCCCUAUUUGUUUGUAGCAGGUGGCCAAAUCUUACAUAUUGCAACUUUAAAAAAAAAAGCUGCAAGCGCAUCUACUUAAUUGGGAGGCGAGGCCCUUAUACACUCACUUCAUAGGCUAAUUAUGUUACGCACUUCAUCAUACCAACCACUAGGCGGCGGCGGUGCUUUAUCAUAGACUUUAAAUACAUAGAGCGGUCAUCCCCAUGUCAGAUCUACACUGUUACUUGGCUCGUAACCAGACACAACUUGAUAAUGUUUUGGAAACCAGCGUCGAGCGCAAAACAAAAAAUAGUUCAUUCAGCGCACAAACGGACGUCACGUUGGUACAGUAGGCGUAAUUGCCCCGACAUUUCUCUUCUAUCUGUGGCGGAUCUGUGAGCGUCAGAGUCGGGUUCCUCUGUAAUCAGUAACCGACAAUCCUCGGCAGGCAGCGGCUGCUCGUUUACGGAAGUCCCGGACAGUCUUGUUUAAUUUGAAGGGCACGGGGACACGGGCGUGUGCGCGCGGCUACAUCCUGUGUCUUUAAACCACAGGAAGGAGACAUUUGUGUUGUUUCUGAGAGAUGUAGCCCGCCUUGCAAAUCUGUCGCCAGCAUCGCUCCAAGCCCACCUGCUCCUUCUCUCUGUCAUCUCCCCGCUCAGGAAGCGAGGCGCUGGGAUGCCGAUGGUUUCAUCUGGGAGGAGGCUGGAAAGCAAAGUUCUGUGUUUUUUAUAGUUGACGUUUCGCAGAGGGGGGGGGCUUCUCGUAAAUUCAUAUCCUCCACCGAGGGUCCGCGCUGUCCGACAUUGACAUCUGCUGCAGAAACGCUUCACUCAAGAUCCAUCAGCUUUUAAAAUCCACAAGAACCAAAACAGACAUCUUAAGAAAUGGACCAAGGUAAUCAGAGCCAGAGCCAAAGCCAGACGCAAGCAGACAACCCAAGUGGAGCAGUAGAAGCUCCUCCGACCGAUACAGCAGCUCCAGCCACAGAUCCCACUGCCAGCCAGCCUGCUUCUGUCAGGCCUCGACGGCCCCAGAGAAGUGCCAAAGUAGAGGGCUCUGUAGACAUAUCCGAACCCAAAGAUGAACCCAAACACGAACCCACACCAGUGGCUAACCAGGACGAGUGCACUCCUGAUGGCGCUGCGGCAAGUCGUCCCAAACCCUCUCGCCCUGCAGCUGUCAAACCCUUAGGAGACCGCACCGCGCCUAGCAUCAAGUCUGGUCCUAAAGGUCCGGGACACCAUCCGGUCAGGGCUGCCUCAGUGCCCCACCCACCUGCUAGCAGGCCUGUGCCUCCUCACCUGACCCCUCAUGCACAGAGAGCCCUCUCUGUUGCAGGUACAGCUGACACUCAGGCCCAGGCUGUGGAAGACUUCAGGGUGCACAUCAUCACUUGGAACGUAGGUUCGGCCACGCCACCUGAUGACAUCACUUCUUUGCUGGGGCUGAACGUGGGUGAUGGAAACACAGACAUGUACAUCAUUGGGCUGCAGGAAGUGAACUCUAUGAUUAACAAAAGGCUGAAAGAUGUCCUCUUCACAGACCAGUGGAGCGAGGUCUGCAUGGAGAGACUCAGCCCCUUUGGUUAUGUGCUGGUGACCUCCCAGCGGAUGCAGGGGUUGUUGCUACUGAUCUUUGCCAAGUACUACCAUCUGCCCUUCCUCCGUGGAGUCCAGACUGAGACCACUCGCACUGGACUGGGGGGUUACUGGGGGAAUAAAGGUGGCGUGAGUGCCCGCAUGUCGGUGUUCGGUCACACCAUCUGCUUCCUCAACUGCCACCUGCCAGCUCACAUGGAAAACUCAGAGCAGCGCAUGGAGGACUUUGAGAGCAUCCUGCAACAGCAGCAGUUUGAGGGCCAGGCUGCCACCGGGGUUCUUGACCAUGAUGUGGUAUUCUGGUUUGGGGAUCUCAAUUUCCGCAUUGACGACCUGGAUAUGCAAGUGGUAAAAUCAGCCAUCGAUAACAACAAGUUUUCCGUGUUGUGGGAAAAAGAUCAGCUAAACAUGGCCAAAGACAGUGAGACAGUGUUGGAGGGAUUCCAAGAGGGGCCGCUGAAGUUCUCUCCUACCUACAAGUUUGAUGUUGGGACAAAUACAUAUGACACAAGUGGAAAGAAGCGUAAACCGGCGUGGACCGACCGGAUUCUCUGGCGCCUGAGAGCCACCGCACCUGCUGGCAGUGCAGGGAAGCGUGGUUCCAUUUCGGGGCUGACCAGCGGGACCAAAGUGACGCAGCACUGCUACCGAAGUCACAUGGAAUACAUCGUCAGUGACCACAAACCAGUCUCAUCCAUCUUUACCCUGCAGUUCCCCUACAAGGUGGAUAUUCCCCUGGUCACAAUCAUAGUGGAGGACGAGUGGAAUAGCAUUGCUGAUGCCAUAGCGAAAUUCAAACUGGCACCCAACUUUUCUCGAAGCUCCUGGGACUGGAUCGGACUCUAUAAGGUGGGUUUCAAACACCACAAGGACUACGUGGGAUACAUUUGGGCCAAGCAAGAGGAAGCUGAUUUCCUUCGACAAGAACAUCAGGUAGCCUUUACUGAGGAGGAAUUGCCCAAAGGCUCAGGGGACUUUAUCUUGGGUUACUAUAGCAACAAUAUGAGCACCAUUGUGGGUGUAACAGAGCCAUUUCAGAUCCAGCUUCCUACUUCAGACCCUGACAGCAGUUCUUCAGACAGCUCUGACAUUAGCUCUGAAGACGAUAGCACUGUUGUCCUCAUGAAGACAAGGUCCCGCAGUCCCAGUCCACGCAAGAGCAAGCACCGCAGCCAUCGCAGUGGCAGCCACGGCCGUAGUCUCAGCCGCUCCGGCAGUCCUACACAGGCCAAGAUGAAAGAGCCAAAUGUCACUGAUGGUUCUCCAUCCAGCACCAUGGAGGCAGCUGAGAGUGGGUCCACAGUACACCCAGCAGAGGGCAGCAGCAGCCAGCUGUCUGCUCCUGGGGAGAAAGACAAAGACUCAGAGGGGUCAGGGGUGUGAUACACAACCAAGUCCUGCUGUUGUCACAAGUCACAUAGCCAAAUGUUGUGUCUUUCAUUUGAUACAUCCACUGCACUGUAUGUUUUCUGUAAUGAAAAUGUACAGUUUCUUAUGCCAUCCUUUUCAGGAACAGCCGUCUGGUUUAUUCAGAAGGCUUACUUUGCCUUGAGUUGAUUUAUUAAGCUGUGCACAUUGUAUAUUUUUUUAUUUGUAAACUUUUCACUCUGUCCUGUGUUUCUUCUAUCUUUGUCCGUUCUCAGGUGUGGACAGUACAGGGAACUGACACCUUGCAUUAGAAAACUCUCAAGGAUUUAUGGUCAUGUAGAGUAAUGGCUGCUUAAUACUUUUUAGAGACUAACUUCCCUAUAUUCCAACAACGGUUUGAAGCUCUGCACUGACAGUCAUGUUGGCAGACUGCAUACAAGUGACCGAAAAAAAGCUCUUGAGACAAGGAGCAUGACAUACUUGAUACAGACAUUGCUCACAAAUAGUAUCAUUCACUGUUUGCUUUAGUUGUGGAACAUGUAUCUAUUAUGAAACAAAUCCACUCAAACCGAGAGGACCAUAGAGACAAAAAUACGUUUUAUUCUGAAUCUUAGAAUGAAAACAUCAGUUUUGUCAACUUGCGUUACUAGUUUCUGCAAAUCUGCAAAUGGAGAUAGCCAUGCAGUUGAACUUGGCUGUGUGGUUCUACAUUCCCUGCUUUGGCAAUUUGGUAUGUAUUACACAUCAACAUGAUAUAUACUGUAACAUGCAGAGAGCAUCUAAAAUGAUCCAUCAAUGGGAGUAAAAUACCUCCAGGGGGGCAUAAAAACAAAACAGAACCAAAUUAGGUGGAGAUGGGGUGUUUAGGGGCCCCUGCCACAAGCCAUUUCAGUGUAGAGAGUGAAUGUGGGUGUAAAGGCCUUUAAAUAGACCGCCAAGUCAGUGCAGUGAGAUGUGAUGGCUGUGGGUGACUAGCUGUCAGCUGACACAGCUGUCUUGCCAGAACUUGGUGAUUACUUGCUGGCCUUAGGUCCACUUACUAACAACUAUAGCAAUAUCCGUCCCAGGAGAAACAUGUUUCAAUUGCUUUGACAGAGAUACCUUUAUGUGAGUUAAUGGGCCUUAAUCUAAAUCUUGCCUUUCACAGCAGCAAAUUUAACCGGAACACAAAAGCAAGAAAGACACUAACUGGUUAUCAAUCUGGAUAUCUCCAACAAAUUUGAGCAGAAACUCUACUAUGUAGUGCUACUAGAGAGCUUUGUAUUAUACUGUUAGUAGUAUAAUACAAAGCCGACAUGUUCCACUAUUGUGAAAUAUCACAUUGCAAAUAUGAUAUUUCAAAUACAUGAAUUGUCAUAUUUAAUGCUUCACUUUUUGUAUGUUUUUGACUUAUGCUUUGUCUUUUCAGUUAACCGUUUUUUAAAAUUUGUUCUCUCUUUCUCACCCUCCCUUACUGAUCCCGGUCAUUACCUGACAGUGUGCUGUCACGAUAGAUGUGUUAACAUUGGUAUCGUGUGACCUCUGAUGCACCAUCUUAGACACUAUUUACCUUUGGGCUCUUAGCAUAGGACAGUGUAUACUGUUGUAGCUGUAACCUCAGUGUGCGUGUCUAUAAUCAGUUUUUGUGUGUAUGUGUUUUUAUGGAGUUGUGUGUGUGUGUGUGUUUGGGAUGGCGUGUGUGUGUGUGUGUGUGUGUGUGUGUGUGUGUGUGUGUGUGUGUAGCUAGCAGUGGCAGUGAAUGGAGUGCGACUGUGUUUGCAUGGUUUGCUGCUGGACAUACUCUACAUUCCGGUACUGUGAUUUUUGUGCCGUAAAGUGCUGUUUUUGACUCCUCUUUGUCAUAAUCGUGGCUGUGAAAAUUGUUAGAAAAACAUGGUAAGGACAGUAUAAAAAUUUAACUUCCGUGUAAACGUUAGGUGAAGAAAAUGCAGGAUAGUUAUGCUUGCAUAAAUCUAUAAUUAUUUGAAUCAUUUCAUAGUGCAUUUAUGUAUUUUCUUUACUUUAAAAUAAAAAAAUACACAACAUUUGUUUAGAGUAAGAGUAAAAGAGUGUUAGGGUGUUUAGAGUAAAAGAUUAAGAUUGUAUGAACUUUGUCCUACUUUAGGUGAUGUAGAUAAGUAUGAUCAGUACUGCAGUCAUGAUCAGUGACCAUUGUGAAAUGUUAAAGAAAAAAUGCUCUGUCUACAGAAUGUUAUCGUUUUGUUAUUAUGUGGCUAAAAUAGAAGAAUAUGUAUGUAAAUGACAAAUAUGAAGUAUGAUAUAACACACUAAAUAGCAGACAAUCUAUGCCACAAAGUUUAUUUUACGUAAAUUAUGUAUUUAUUUUCUUAUUUAACUGUUCAAUGAGCCUGAAUUCUGCUGGCCAGUGAGGGAGUAUUAUUUCAAUGGAAAUGUCAAAAUAUAUUACAGAAUAUUGAUCAUUAUUUUCCUUUUCUAUUUGGAACUAUGAAGAGAGAUCCUGAUUUCUCCAGUAUGCAUUUUAGUAAAUUCAAAUCAGAUGUUGCUUUUAUUGUCUGAUGUGUAGAUUGUUUAGUCUACAUGUGUUUGUAUAAUUGUAGAUGAAAUUGACCUGAAUACAAAAAAAAAAAAAAUACAGCAAUGUUGUGAGAUAUUUGACUGGAUUGUUGGCACAUGAGGAUAAUUAAAAACAUCUGUUCUAUGAGGUAA